CCCGGGACCCCCCAAAACCCCCCCAAAAUCCGCGACCCCCCAAUCCAGCUCCCUCCGCCGGAACCGCCGCCGCCGCCAUGGGGAAACGACAGCACCAGAAGGACAAGAUGUACAUCACGUGUGCUGAGUACACGCACUUCUACGGGGGCAAGAAGGCAGACCUCCCGCAGACGAACUUCCGGCGCUUACCGUUCGACCACUGCAGCUUGUCCCUGCAGCCGUUCGAGUACCCGGUGUGUACGCCCGACGGAACCAUCUUCGACUUGCUGAACAUCGUUCCCUGGAUCAAUAAGUUCGGUACCAACCCCAGCACCGGUGAGAAGCUGGAUGCCAAGUCUCUGAUCAAGCUGAACUUUGCCAAGAACAAUGAAGGGAAAUACCACUGCCCCGUGCUGUUCACCGUCUUCUCCGACAACUCUCACAUCGUGGCCGUGCGCACGACGGGGAACGUGUACGCCCGUGAGGCAGUGGAGCAGCUCAACAUCAAGGCCAAGAGCUUCCGGGACCUGCUCACUGACGAGCCCUUCACCCGCCAGGACAUCCUCACCCUCCAGGACCCCACCAACCUGGAGAAAUUCAACGUCUCCAACUUCUUCCACGUGAAAAACAACGUGAAAGUCAUCGACCCAGAGGAGGAGCAGGCCAGGCUGGAUCCCGCCUACUACCUGAAGAACCCCAACGCGGAGACGCGGGAGACGUUGGAGGAGCUGAACCGCGACUUCAAGGGCGACGCCAUCCUGGCUGCCACCAUGCAGCCCCCCAAGAAGACCAAGGUGGAUCGGCUGAACGCGGCCCAUUACUCCACCGGGACAGUGAGCGCUUCCUUCACCUCCACUGCCAUGGUGCCCGAGACCACCCACCAGGCGGCGGCCAUCGACGAGGACGUGGUGCGUUACCGCUUCGUGAAGAAGAAGGGCUACGUCCGGCUGCACACCAACAAGGGGGACCUCAACCUGGAGCUGCACUGCGACAUGACCCCGAAAACCUGCGAAAACUUCAUCAAACUGUGCAAGAAGUGCUACUACGAUGGCACCAUCUUCCACAGGUCCAUCCGUAACUUUGUGAUCCAGGGCGGCGACCCGACGGGCACGGGCACAGGGGGCGAGUCGUGCUGGGGGAAGCCGUUCCGGGACGAGUUCCGGCCCAACUUGUCGCACACGGGGCGGGGCGUGCUCAGCAUGGCCAACUCGGGGCCCAACUGCAACAAGUCCCAAUUUUUCAUCACCUUCCGCUCCUGCGCCUACCUGGACAGAAAGCACACCAUCUUCGGCAGGGUGGUCGGUGGUUUUGACACUCUGACGGCCAUGGAGAACGUGGAGAGCGACCCCAAGACGGACCGGCCCACGGAGGACAUACGGAUCGAGUCGACCACAGUGUUCGUGGACCCUUAUGAGGAGGCGGAUGCUCAGGUGGCCGCGGAGCGGGCGAAGGCCCAGCAGGAAGCCGAUGCCCAGAAGACCAAAGUCCGGGUGGAGCCGCCCAAGCCGGAGCCCCAGGGCCCCAAGACCUACCGGCAGGGAGUGGGGAAAUACAUCAACCUGGCAGCUGCCAAACGCGCGGCGGAGGAGGCGGGACCGUCCCAAGGGGCCGCCAAGAAGGAGAAGCCGAGCCGGGGCUUUGGCGACUUCAGCUCCUGGUAGCCGCUCGUCGUGCCGCUUCCCCCGCCACCGCGAACUGUGUCCCUGCGCUGCCUGGGGGAGGUUAGC